AUGCAGCUAGUGCUAGUAGGUAUAUAGAGAUGAUAGCCCUAGCUCAAGUGGCAGCCCAAGUGGGUUACGAGUAGCUAGUGCUGUCCUAAUCACCAAUCUUUGACUUCCCCUGUCUCCCUGCUUGUUCACACUCAUGCUCUUCUUCCAUUUUAUCUGUAUAUACACCCUCUUCUCUUCUCCAGAAUCCAAAUAGCAGAGCAAAGCAACAUUCACACUAUCCUCCAUGCCUCCCCUCCACAUAUUAUCACUCGGGCUUCUCCUCCUCUUGCACAUUCCUAGUUGGUGCCCCUCGUCCGCAGCUGCAAGCGAUAACCUCACGGCGGGCCAAUCGCUCGCCGUCGGCAGCAAGCUCGUCUCAAGAAACGGCAAGUUCGCGCUCGGCUUCUUUCAGCCAGCAGCAAGCAUCAUCAGUAAGUCCCAGAAUACCACCAGCUCCAGCUGGUACCUUGGCAUAUGGUUCAACAAGAUCCCAGUUUUUACUACUGUGUGGGUUGCUAAUAGGGACCAGCCCAUCACUGGCCCCAACCUCAACCUAACACAGCUCAAGAUAUCGAGCGAUGGCAAUCUUGUCAUCUUGAACAACGAUUCUGUAGUUUGGUCCACUCAGAUUGUCAAUAAUAGGACACAAACCAGCAGCAUAAACACCACUACUGGUGCUGCUGUUCUCUUGAACAGUGGAAACCUUGCCCUUACGGUCACAUACAGCCCAUCAUCAUCUGACCUACCAUUGUGGCAGAGCUUUGAUUACCCAACAGAUAUUUUUCUUCCUGGUUCCAAGUUUGGCCGGAACAAGGUCACCGGCUUGAUUCGUCAGAGCAUCUCAAAGAAGAGCCUCAUUGAUCCUGGUUUUGGCUCAUACAGCAUUGAACUAGAAGAAACCACGGGGAUCGUCCUCAAGCGCCGCAAUCCCUUGGUAGUGUAUUGGCAUUGGGCAUCCUCCAAAACAUCAUCAUUGAAUCUUAUACCAAUACUCAAGUCCUUUCUGGAUUUGGAUCCACGGACCAAAGGUUUGAUUAACCCAGCAUAUGUUGAUAACAACCAAGAGGAGUACUACACGUACACUUCACCGGAUGAAUCAUCUCCCACGUUUGUCUCGCUAGACAUCUCUGGUCUGAUAAAGCUGAAUGUUUGGUCACAAGCCAAUCAGUCUUGGCAAAUUAUAUAUACCCAGCCUGCCGAUCCCUGCACUCCGGCUGCUACCUGCGGACCUUUCACAGUCUGCAACGGCAUUGCACAGCCAUUCUGUGACUGUAUGAUGAACUUCUCUCAGAAGUCACCUCUGGAUUGGGAGUUUAAUGAUCGAACAGGAGGAUGCAUCAGAAAUACGCCGUUACACUGCAACACUAGUAGUAACAACAAAAACAUCACAAGUUCAACAGGCAUGUUCCACCCUAUUGCUCAAGUUGCAUUGCCCUACAACCCGCAAAGCAUAGACAUUGCUACCACACAGAGCGAAUGCGAAGAAGCUUGUCUCAGUUCCUGCUCCUGCACUGCUUAUUCCUAUAACAGUAGUAGAUGCUCUGUCUGGCAUGGGGAAUUGCUUAGUGUAAAUCUGAAUGAUGGCAUUGAUAAUGCUUCUGAAGAUGUUCUUUACCUUCGCCUUGCCGCCAAAGAUUUGCCGCCAAGUUUGAGAAAAAGCAAAAGAAAACCAAAUGUCUUAGUGGUCACUGCUGCAAGCAUUUUUGGUUUUGGGUUACUAAUGCUCAUGGUGUUGUUACUUAUUUGGAGGAACAAAUUCAAGUGGUGUGGUUCCCCUUUAUAUGACAAUCAUGGUAGUGCUGGUGGGAUUAUAGCCUUCAGAUACACUGAAUUAGUUCAUGCUACUAAAAACUUCUCAGAAAAGCUUGGAGGAGGUGGUUUUGGUUCUGUAUACAAGGGAGUGUUAAGUGACUUGAAGACUACUAUAGCAGUGAAAAAGCUUGAUGGUGCUCAGCAAGGAGAGAAGCAAUUCAGGGCCGAGGUGAGCUCAAUUGGACUGAUCCAACAUAUUAACCUUGUCAAAUUGAUUGGUUUCUGCUGUGAAGGUGAGUACAGAUUACUUGUAUACGAACACAUGUUUAAUGGGUCUCUUGAUGGUCAUCUAUUUAAGAAGAGCAAUAAUGCUGAUGCUGCUGUCAUAAACUGGAACUGCAGAUAUCAGAUAACCCUAGGAGUUGCCAGAGGGUUGUCCUACUUGCAUCAGAGUUGCCAUGAAUGCAUCAUACACUGUGAUGUUAAGCCAGAAAACAUACUUGUGGACACAUCAUUUGUUCCUAAAGUUGCAGACUUUGGGUUGGCAGCGUUUGUGGGAAGGGAUUUUAGCCGAAUUCUAACUACAUUCAGAGGAACUGCAGGCUAUCUUGCCCCAGAGUGGCUUACCGGAGUUGCUAUUACACCGAAAGUUGAUGUUUAUGCCUUUGGCAUCGUCCUGAUGGAGAUCUUAUCAGGAAGGAGGAAUUCACCUGAAACAUACAACACUAGCAGCAGCGACAGUUACCAUGUUGAAUAUUUCCCGGUGCAAGCCAUCAGCAAGCUUCAUGGGGGAGAUGUGAAGAGUUUGGUGGAUCCACGGUUGCAUGGUGACUUCAAUUUGGAAGAGGCUGAAAGGGUUUGCAAAGUUGCAGGUUGGUGCAUCCAAGAUAAUGAGUUUGAUCGGCCAACGAUGGGUGAAGUGGUCCGGGUUCUCGAGGGUCUACAGGAGAUUGAUGUGCCCCCGAUGCCAAGACUACUUGCAGCUAUAACGGCACAACCUGGUGCGGCAACUUGAAUGUAAUAAUAAGUAGCAGGCAAUGAUAAUAAUAUCUGUUAAUUUCAGCAAAUUUUAAAGUUGUAGUAAUGUUGAGCGGAAGGAAUAAAGGAAGGCAAAGCUUGUAGUUGCUAAUUAAAUUAUCUCUUAUUUAGUGCCUUAUGUAAUCAAGCAUUGUAGCAAAGUAUGGCAGACCUAGAAACAUGUGUAUUUAUAGUUGAUGGGAUAGUUUGAUACCUAUCUUUAAAUCGAAGGAAGAUGUCAAUGUA